CAAGGCCUCGAGACGGUAACAAUUUAAUUGCGAAGGUGAAUAUGUUCUUUUCGUCAGUAUCUAGGUGAACCCAUUGGUUGUCGACCUUUGACACAUGCAUAGUUAUCAUUUUCCAUUUUGAUUUAAUAGUUGCAGCAGGAAUGAAGGCCGGAAUUGUUGAAGACUCAAGUCCACAGACACGUUCCAUAACAUUUUUCAAAUGUUUAUAACAUGCUUUGUGAUUUCUCGGUCAUCUUUGUUCUUGCGAAGGAAAUGGAAUUAUUCAUAUAUAGCAGUUCAGAGCCUUAAAGGAAGAGGAUUAGUAUUUUUGUCACACCUAAACAAGAAUACCACUGUAAAACCAAGGAAACUGAUAAAAUCCACAAGCCGUUUGUCAAAAAUUGUUGAACAGUUGCUUAACAAACGUCUUAAACAGAGCAACUCAAUUCAAACAGCAAUAAUGUCUAAAAGAACAUCUAGUGCUUCUCAAAGGACAUCAGCAUCACAAAAUUCUUCUUCUCAGGAAUCAUUUAAGAACUCGGGAGCAAGACCUAAAUCUAACAUUGACAAAAACUUCAGGAGUUUGCCUCCAGCUAAUGACAAUCUAGUUAUGCAAGGUCAGGAAAGAGGUGAAGGUCAUUGGAGAGCUGCUGAAUCUGCCAAGACACCAGAAAAAGCACAUGGCAAGUCCAAAAGAAAUAGAAAUGCUGAUCAAAGACCUAAAAGUGAAACAAAGAUGUUUAGUCCAUCUAGCAAGUCCUCAAAGUACAAGGAUAAACACAAGCCCAAAGGAACUGUAGCAGAAGGGACAAACUAUCAAAGUAUGUCUAGGGAAGAUAUAGAAGCUGGGAUGAAGUCUGGACGUAUAAUACAGGGUGAACUAAGAGUUGUGCCAAGAGACUUCAAAAAAGCCUAUGUAUCUCAUCCAGAUCACGGCUCCGAUGUGUUAAUUGAUGGUUUAGAUUACCGAUAUCCUGGGCUAACAGGAGAUGUGGUCGCAGUUGAAAUUUUUGACAACCCAGAUACCCAGGAACCAAACUUAUCUGACAAGAAAAAAAAUCCAGCACAAUCAGCUGAAGUAAAACAGUUAGAAUCAAGGUAUGCAGCCCUUGAUAUCAAUACACAAAAAGAGAGGGCAAGUUCACAGGACAAGUCACCAGAUAGAGACUCGCCUGAUGUGAUAAUUGAGGAGGAUCAGACUGUGAUAUUAAGCCCAGAGGCACCACAGGGGAGUGCAACGCCUGUGUCUGACAGGAAGAAACUUCAACUUGAGAAGGAUAGUCGCAAAGGCAAGGUAGUAGCAGUGAUAGAACAAAAACAUCCUCGUGUAUGUUCAGGUCACAUUAAGCCAAUGAAAACCAAGGAUGGUGUCUUGUUUAGUCCAGUUGAUAAUAGGCUGCCCAGGAUCCGAAUAAACCUAGACAGUUGUCCUCCAGAUAUCCUUACGAGGCCAGAUGACUACGCUAAUGUGCUGUUCGCUGCCAAACUUACGGAGUGGAGAUGUGACUCAGUAUUUGCCGACGGAACGUUGCUGCGUAAAAUUGGAAACGAUCGGGAGUUGAAACCAAAGAUAGAAGCAAUUCUGCUAGAGAACAGUGUUGAUACCUCUGAAUUCACUGAGAAGGCCCUUGACAGCCUACCCAUCAAGAAUUUGCCAUGGAAGAUCCCAUCAACAGAACUAACUAAUCGAAAGGAUUUCCGUAAGCAGUGUGUGUUCUCUAUUGAUCCAGCCACAGCGAGGGAUUUGGAUGACGCCCUUUCUAUAGAGGAACUUCCUGAUGGAACAUUUGAUGUUGGAGUGCACAUUGCUGAUGUUAGUUACUUCCUAGAAGAAGAGACUCCAUUAGAUGCUGUAGCAAAACGCAGGGCAACGAGUGUAUAUCUCCCUCACAAGGUUAUUCCAAUGCUGCCACGUAUUCUAUGUGAAGAACUUUGUAGUUUAAACCCAGAUGAAGAUCGUCUCACCUUCUCCGUUGUCUGGAAUAUUUCACAGGAAGGCGAGAUAUACAGUGAAUGGUUUGGCAGAUCUGUGAUCAGGUCCUGCGUUAAACUUAGCUACGACCAUGCUCAGGGAUUUAUUGAAGAACCUCUGAAAGAGUGGACUGCAGAAGAACUUCCUCCAAUAUCAUCAAAGUUCACAGUGGAAGAUAUCAAAAAGAGGGUCUUAGGCCUCAAUAAGAUAGCAGUAAAUCUAAGAAAGAGACGAAUGGACAAUGGAGCACUCACAUUAAACCAAAUAAAAAUGUCCUUCAAUUUAGACGAUGAUACAUACUUGCCAAAUGGAUUCCACGUCAACGAGCUCCGGGACAGUAACAGACUGGUUGAAGAGUUCAUGUUGUUAGCCAACAUGGCUGUUGCUCACAAGAUCAACAAGUGUUUACCAGAGACAGCAAUGUUACGACACCAUCCAGAGCCAGACCAGUCAUCAGCUUUUGAAUUGGAAAAACUGUCUCAACGCCUGGGGACACCAUUGGACUUUACCACUGCAGGGUCACUAAAGAAAAGUCUUGAUGCUCUGCGUACUGAAGAACCACAUGGAGGCGGAAAGCUUCAGGUCUUAAUAGCAUUGACUUCCAAACCAAUGAAGAUGGCGAUGUAUUUCUGUAAUGGGUCUUUGACAGAUGAACUACUGUACCGUCACUAUGCCCUGAAUGUUCCUCUGUACACACACUUCACUAGUCCUAUCCGUCGUUAUCCAGAUGUCCUGGUGCACAGGGCACUUUCAUCAGCAUUAGGUUAUUGUAAGUUCAAGAGUACCACAAAUGAACUACAAAAAAUUGCCAAUGGCUGUAAUGAUCGAAAGAAGGCAGCUAAAGCCGUGUCGGAUGCCAGUGCCGAAGUCUUUUUCUCUGCAUUCGUACAGGAAGCAGGACCAAUAGAAGGGGAAGCCAUGGUGAUGGGUAUACUGGAUCAUGCUGUGGAUGUGUACUUCCUUACCCUCGGCCUGGCUAAGCGGGUCUACAUUGAUCAACUGCCGUUGACGGAAGCUACCUAUAUAAAAGGAGAGAAGCUGAACCUAGUCUGGAAAAAGGAGGAUGGUAUGACCAAGGAAAUUAGGCAGACACUUACUUUCUUCACCAAAGUCCAAUGCACGAUCUCUAAAGGAAAACUUCCCCUGUCGUGGAUGGCAAUAUUGAAAAGGCCUGAGGAAGAUUCAGUCAUGGAUGAGUGAACUACUGUGACACAGGAGAUGUUUCAGUCACACCUAAGUGAUAAGUGAGCAAGUGUGACAAAGGAGUUUUUUCUGUCACACCUAAGGGAUGAAUGAGGUAGUGUGACAAAGGAGUUUUUUUCUGUCACACCUAAGGGAACUAUUGUAACAGAUGUUUUUUGCAAGGGCGAAUGAGCAUGUGUGAACAUUUAUUUUUGUCAUGAGUGCGAAGUGAUAUAAGAUUUUUAUCAAACAGAUAAACUGAUAUUUAACUCACGUAAAUGUAAAAUGGUAUACAUCAUUUUAGAUAAUGGUUGUGGAAAUAUUUGAACUUUCCCUGCAGCCUCUGAUUGCAUGUGAAGGAAAAGAAUGCAGCAUAUUUUAUGCAAUAAAAAAAAACUUCAUAUCGUCACUUCUGCUGCUGUUUGGAAGGUUGACCUGUGAUUUUCAGUGUGAGGUAGUGUCAAGUUCCGUGACUAAUUUAAUGAUAAAAAACAGCUUUGGAUCUUUCCUCGCACAUGAGACAGGGAAAUCUCACAACAGACUCAAUGUCUUCUUAUUCCAUCUGUCUGGUAUCUGAACGUCAAUAAGAACCACUCCUGGUUACAAGCAUACCUUCAUCUGAAGCCCUUUUUCCUUUCUGAGUCAGCAGCUGCUGUUUGCUCUCAGGCUUGUUUCAGCAGGAGUACAGUAACAUAAACCUCACUAUUGACAAAUUCAUGACUCCUCAUUAACAUAUUCAUGAAUGAAAUGAGUUAAUUCUAUCAUAAUCAUUCCUUCAUUAAGAUAAAUUAUAUUUGUCGAUAAAAUAAAAUAAAUUAACAUCAGGUUUUUUCUUCAAUAAUUCAGAAUACUUAGUAAACUAUUUAACAGGGCUAAAAUGUGGUUUUCCUUUUAUUCUAAUGUAGAGUCUGUCUUCAUAUCCUACCUAUCUUGUCAGAUGGAACACGAAUCUGAUAAUAAUCAGUAAUGAUUGGGUAAUGAUUGGUAAUAUUAUUAAUUGAAUGUAUUUCUAGUAAUUGGUAUAUAUGUACACAGAGGAAACAUCUUUUAACACCAAUUAAAAAAUGUUAUCUGUCAACUAAUGAAAUACAUUGAAUGUACCAUAUGAAAUUGUAUUUAUAUUGUAUAUAUUAACUUAAAGCACACAACUUUGGUCAUAACAGAUUUUUGUGAGGAAAAAAACAAAACAAAACAGGUUUUAUAAGGCCAAGAUAUUAUUUGUCGGGCAUUUCACACCAAAGUAAACUCUGGACAGAAAUAAUGUUAUGAUGAAUUCCUUAUUUAUUAAUAUUCAUACGCUCGUUGAAAAUUUUGACAGGAUGGAUAAUGUCCGUCCAUCUGUUCUUAAAAAACUUUCAUUUGUCCAGAGAUCUCCUCCCACAGUUUUCAACCAAUCUUUUUUUUAACUUUCGGAGGCGUAAUCUCCUUGAUAUGAAGUUGUGAUAUUUCACAGGUCUGUUUGGUUUGACUGUAUUUGGAAGAGUUACAUCCCCUUGUUGAUUUCCCAAUGUUAAUCUUCUCGGGAGAUCACCUUUCACAGGUUUCAACCAAUUUCUUUAAAACCUGGGCUUGAAAACCACAACAUGAGAUCGUAUCCCCCUGAAUAAUAUUUUGGUUCAACAAUAUUUCAAAAAGAUAUUGCCUUUGUUCUUUUCAGUGUUUUAAUCUUGUCCAGAAAUUUCAAUGAGUCCAUCUCAUUAAAACUUGGUAUGCUUUUAAUUCAUCAUUAAAACAAUAGCACUGUUUUCUUGCUCAACAUUUUAACUUAUUUUCAUAAUUCCAUAUUUGUGUUCUUUUGAUACAACAAAAGCUGAAUUUCUUGGGAAUAGGAAGGGUAUAUAUUAUCCCUCCACUCGGUAUUCUUAUUGUUAAUAAUCAAUCUUUAAUUCCAAAGCUUAGGUCUCCACUCUUUAUAUCUUGCAUAUUAAAUGUUUUCUAUUGCAAUGCCAAACAUAAACUAAAUACUUCUUGCCACUCAAACAAAUGAAUAACAGUGAUUUGUGAGCUGGACCAAGCAGAAAAUAACUUUGACAAUGUUAUUUUUUCCCCCAAUAAUUUUCCAUACCUUUAGGAAACUUGCCAAAGUCCUAUAUGGAUAAGACAGUUUAUGCCAAAAAGAAUAUUUCAAGAAUGGCCUUAUGCUUGAAAACAUCAUCGUAGAUUUAACUCCUAAUUUCUAAAAGGAUUGACAACUCCUAUUUGUUUGGCUAUUAGCCCAUACCUGGUAAUAAGCCCACCCCCUGCGGCUGCUCCUCAGUAGAAUUACUAUGAUAUUAAAACUCACCCUCUGGCUUGGAGUCACUCUUGUGAAGUAAGUCCCUAGGCCAUAUAGCACGGUAUAUAUGGUAAAUCUAGUGACAGUUUAAGCUUAUACUGCGAGACUUGAGUUGAUGUUUCAGAAAUCUGUUUCUCUGUCCGUUUUGUUCUGAUAAUGCUUGUGGGAAGUUGCAAGGUUACACUUGAAUGCUGAUGAUCUCUAACUAAAUACAUUGUCACUAGUCAGAAAUUUUCUUGUUUUUUCAUUCUAUGAAAUAUAAAUUCUAGUGUUGUUGCUGACUUUUGUUAAAUCUUGUGGUACUCCCUGGGAAAUAGUACCAUGUGAUGUAUUAAUUUAAAAAUAAAUAUAAAAACUCGAA